UUCUUUGUUCCAGCUGCUGUUCUGCUCUGCCAGCCACAUCACCAGGGCAACAUGGCAUUCGCAGGCAAAUACGAAUUCGAAGGCGAUGAGAACUAUGAUGACUUUGUGAAGAAGAUUGGUCUCUCCAGUGACAAGGUUGAAAUGGGAAGGAAUUGCAAAAUAGUCACUGAGGUGGUGCAGAAUGGAAAUGACUUCACCUGGAUACAGCAUUUCCCAGGAGGCCGCACGACCACCAACAUAUUCACCAUUGGCAAGGAAGCAGAGAUGGAGACAAUGGGUGGCAAGAAAUUCCAGGCAACUGUUAAAAUGGAAGACGGGAAAAUAGUAGCUGAUUUUCCCAACUAUCGUCAUACUUCAGAGAUUUGUGGAGGAAAGCUAGUAGAGAUUUCUACUGCUUCUGGUGUAGUCUACAAAAGGACCAGCAAAAGGAUUGCUUAAGGCAGGAAAGCCAGUCUCUUCCAGUGCACUAAAAAUAAACAACAAUACAAGUAAAUGAA